AUGACUGGAAAUAAUGAAUCGAGAGUCACAGAAAUCAUACUUCUAGGCUUUGGAAAUCUUUAUGGGUUCAACAUUUUAAUUUUCAUCAUAUUCCUUAACAUUUUCUUGUUCACAGUAACUGGAAAUCUUCUGAUCAUUCUGUUAGUUUCCAUCAGCCGUCACCUUCAUUCUCCCAUGUACUUCUUCCUUUGUCAUCUAUCAAUGUCUGAUAUUGUGCUCACAAUGAAUAUUCUCCCCAACUUGCUGGGAGCAACCUUAAAUGGUGGGAAAAGAAUGACCAUUGUUGGCUGUAUAACUCAAUGUUACUUUUUUAGUGGUGUCAUGGUAGUAGAAACCUUCCUGCUUUCAGUGAUGUCCUAUGAUCGAUACCUGGCUAUAUGUGUCCCAUUGCGUUACGUCACUAUCAUGGACAUUACAUUGUGCACCUGUCUGUCUGUCUUACCCUGGGUGUUAGGAUUUUCCCUGAACCUAAUAGGUAUCAUACCUAUAUCCAACUUUCAGUUCUGUGAAGGAAACAUCAUUGACCAUAUAUUUUGUGAUAUUUCCCCUCUCCAAAAACUUUCAUGUUCAGACAAGUCUCUGGUGGAGUUUCUAGCCUUUUUAUCUUCCACUCCUUUAUUUAUUUGUCCUUGUGUUUUUAUCAUAGUGACUUAUGUUCAUAUCUUCCUUAUGAUACUUAGGAUCCCUUCUACCACCGGAAGACAGAAAACCUUUUCAAACUGCAGUUCCCACCUUCUCGUGGUUAGUGCAUUCUAUGGGACGUUAAUAACCAAGUAUAUGAUACCAUCCGUAGGUCAUUCAUUGCUUUUGAAUAAGAUUAUAUCAUUGCUGCAUACUGUGUUUACCCCACUAUUUAACCCUUUUGUAUACAGUCUAAGAAACCGAGACUUCAGGGAAGCACUAAGAAAGAUUUCUAAACGUUAG